GUUUAAAUGUAUACACGUCAUAACGUCCGAUGUUCCCGAAAAAUCGCUGGCGAUAUCAUAGGUUUUUUUCCGAAAUUUCAACUGAGUGUUCACUUCCCGCAUUCGAAUCCGGUGAUGGUCGUUGGCCUUUGAUAAGCGAAAAUCGAGAUUUCAAAAACCCAAAAAUGAUGGAACGCCUGGAAAACCUGACCGACCCGAGUCUGUGUCUUCAAGACUUGGUGUCGUCGACGGGUUCCGAUCACCAUAACGUCGCAUUACAGCACGCGUCACCGGCAUCGUUUCACCAUCCCGUGCACGACGGCAGUGCCGGAUUGCACCAAGGCAUGCUUGGACACCACCACGUGCACCAUCACGACGGUCAUCACCAUCAUCAUCACACGUCGGUGCCGUGUCCGCCGUCACUGUUGCACCACGAACCGUUGGAAAAACUUAAGAGAGUGUGGGCAGAGACGGGAGACUUCCGUGAUAACAAUCAUCAUGGCCUUUCUACGGAUCAUACGUCACAGCUUAACUUUGGUUCAUCCAGGAGUAGAAAUCGUGACAGAAAAGGGCGGGUGGACACGAUCGGUGCUACCGGUAUAAAAACUGAGGGUAUAGACACGGGAGUUGGCGUGGUUACCGACGACGGAAAGGACGCCAACAUUAAAAACAACAAAAACACGAAAAGACAGAGGAGACAGAGGACGCAUUUCACUUCGCAACAGCUUCAGGAACUGGAGGCCACGUUCACCAGAAACCGGUACCCAGACAUGAGCACCAGGGAAGAGAUAGCCAUGUGGACGAACCUCACAGAGGCCAGAGUCAGGGUAUGGUUCAAAAACCGGAGGGCCAAGUGGCGGAAACGCGAGAGGAACGCGAUGAACGCCGCAGCGGCUGCGGCUGUGGACUUUAAGAACGGGUUCGGAACGCAAUUCAACGGCCUCAUGCAACCAUUCACUGACACAGACUCGCUGUACAGUACAGCUUACACGUCGUACAAUAAUUGGGCGACCAAGGUGCCGAGCCCGUUGGGAUCGAAGACGUUCCCGUGGUCGGUGAACCCGUUGGGCACAGUGAACCAUCAUCACCACCAGGCGCCGGUCAACUGUUUCAACGCGGCCACUUCGGCGGCCGGGUCCAUGUUGCCGACGCCCGCACCGCAGAACGGGCCACCGUACUGUCCACCCACCACACCGUACUCCGUGUACCACCACCGGCCGGCCGAGCCAUGCAACGUCAUGUCCAGCAGCAUCGCCAGCCUCCGGCUCAAGGCCAAACAGCACGCGUCCGGGUUUGGUGGUUACCAGCCCGCGGGUUCACCGGGUUCGCUGCAGGCGCAGGCCAACGGCGGUAACCGGUCAUCGUCGUCGUCGUCUUGUCAGCAACAGUACGGCGGCGGACAGGGCGCAGGUGGCGGUGGUGGCGGCGGCGGGAACUCCGGCAGCGAAGGCACGCGGACGCCCGUCUGA